AUGUUCGGAAUUUUAAAGUAGGAUUUUUGGGGUGUGUCAUGACCUCGAGAAAAAAAUAAAAAUAUUCUGGAAAAGCUGAUCAUUUUAUGAUGUAGGCCUACAAAUGACAAUAUAUCAUAAGAUUUUCAAAUGUUUUACAAGUCUUAUGAAUAGCAGAGUAUAUAUUGGAUGAAUAACAAUAUGGCCAUGUUUCGAGACAGUUUUUGGGGCCUGAAUGGCUUUGAAGAGCUGAGGAAGUACAUUAAGCAGGGUAAUGAGUUCUGCAAGGAAGUCUCCACUCUCAUGUUAGAGAGAUCAGAGCUAGAAAUGCACUAUGGAAAAGUGCUCAAUAAGCUUGCAGGGAAGCUGUCUAAAUCUGCUACAAACUGUAUAGGGACAUUAGCCUCAGCUUGGAGUGCUGUUGCCGUAGAGAUGCAAGAAGAAGCAGAACUUCACAAGAAUCUGGGACAGAUGUUGAGUGAAGAGGUGUACAAACCAUUGAAAGUUCUGGCAGAGAACCAACAUAAAGCAAGAAAACCUGUAGAGUCAAUGGUAAACAAAGCACUGCAAUCUCUCACUGAUAGAAGAUCUGAAGAACAGAAGGCCAAAAAACUUGCAUUUUCCUCAGCUAAAGAGCGGGAAAAACUUUCUGAGCAACUUGCUCAGGCAAGAGCUGGAAAAGGAAAGUCAACAGAAAAAGACAUUUCUAAGCCUGACAAAACUAAAAAGCUUCAGAAAAGGGUGAACACAUCUGAUGAACUACUACGCAAAACAGACCGAGAUUAUCAUAAUGUUGCAAUUAAAGCAGAGGGAUCAAGGGAGGACUGGGAAACUGCAGUGUACAAGGCCAGUAUUCAAAUGCAGAUGCUUGAAGAGACAAGAAUUAAUGAAAUGCAUAAACAGUUACAGAAAAUAUAUUCCUGUAUCGCUCCAUUAGCACCAAGGCAAGUCCAGAGCUGUGAGCGUUUAAACGAGGCUGUGAUAUGUGUUGAUCUGAAUGCAGACCUAAGGACCAUAGUAGAUCAGAAGGGAACAGGACCCAAUCAGCCAAAUCAGCAUCUUCUAGAAUGCUAUGCAGAAGAUUUUGCCAACAGUAUGGAUGUAGAAAGGAGACGGGACUUACUACAGUCUUACAUGUUAUAUCUUACACAGAGUAUAGAGGUAGAGGAGAAGGGGAGAGAAGGUGUGGAAAAAUUAAUGGAUGUAUAUAGAAAUAAACCAGGAUUUGCGGAUCAAGAAACACAAGAUGACACCCAGCAUAGAUUAGUACAUUUGAACUCCAUGUUAAGUUUUCUAAGAGGCAGUCAAUACAAAAUAUCAUGUGCUUUGGCUCACCUUAAUGGGAAACCAAAGCCAGAUCACCAAUACAGCCAAUAUAUAGAGAAAACCAGGGAUAAGCAGGGUCUAAGUCAAAGUAUUCUAAAACUGCCAAUAUCAUUGCUAUGGCAGACAUUCCCUAAUGAUGACUACAGGGGAGCAGCAGAUGGAGGGCAGCCAGAUCCCCAAUAUGAUGCACGAACCCAGUCUGUUGUGUCAGGUAUCAGUGUGUGGUCAGCAGAUGAUGAUGAGUUUGAAACUUACGAAGGUGAUGAUGCUGCAUUUAAACCACCAGAAUACAACAGUAUCCAGAAUUCACCAGAAGGACGUUGCGAAGCGAUUUAUGAGUAUACCGCAGGACAACAAGAUGAACUUACAAUAAAGCCAGGUGAUGUAAUAAAUGUUUAUCAAAAACAACAAGAUGAUUGGUGGCAGGGUGAACUGAAUGGAAAAGUGGGACUAUUUCCAGCUACAUAUGUACAGAUGAUACCUUCAUAGUGAAUAUUUUGAUACCAAAGUGUUAUGUUAUUGUGAACCUUGCCAACCACAUAUGAUACUGCAUCAGUAUACAUGUACAAAAAAUCCUUGUAUAUAUAGAGCAUAUAUGAGCCUCUUGACUCAGACUCAGUCAUAUUCAAUAUUGUUAUCAGUCAUCGUCGAUAUGGAUGUCAGGAUUGAUACUAGUCAUAGCCAUUGGCAUUAGUCAUAGACAGUACUGAUAAUUGGCUGUGGGACUACUCAUUCAGGAGACUAGAAGACAAUAUGGCAUAAUUUGAUACAGCUGGGCCAUUUCCUCAAGGAAACCAUGUUAUUUAUGCCACAUGAUGAGCAGCUGAGAGGUUCUCCCUCUGGAGUCAGUGCCACUUAAUUUGUUACACCUUAAAGACUUCUCCUUUAGGAGACAGUGUCACAUAAUAUGUUACAGAUGCGCUUCUCCUUUAGGAAUUAUUGCCACAUACAGCUGAGAGCCUUCUCCUUAAGGAGACAGUCUGGCAUAGUAUGUUAAAGAUUAGCUUCUCUGUCAGGAGAAAGUGCCACAUAGUUUGAUACAGCUGAGACAAUGUCCUAGUUUAUUCAAGCUGAGAGGCUGUCUCCAACAGGGUUAAAUGCCACUCAGUUUUAUAUGCAAUUGUGAUGCCAAAUUGUUAAUAAUGUUCAUAUAGUAUAGGAUUACUCUUUUCUUAAUGAGAUUGAUUAUUAUUAGAAUAUAAUUAUAUUUUUAAAAAUGCAUUCCACUAAUAACUGAAUUGAAGAAGCCACUCUCUCAAUGAUGGUCUUCAAAUAUAUUCUAAAUAAAAAAUACUAAUG